AAAAUGUUUUAAAUCAGUAUGUGAUAAGACAUCAGUAUCUCAUAACUAUCAAUGUUUAAGACCAUAAUUUUUAUUAUGUGGAAGUUUUAUCACAGAAAAGCGGUUAUUUUGUGGUUUUAACAUUAAAAUCAUAUUACAUGCAUUAUCUAAUGAAAUAAUUUUAUUACUAUUUACUUUCUUGUCAUAAAAUUGUGAUUAAUAUUCUAUUUAACUUUAUUAACGUACUUUGUGUAAUAUUUAUAAUUCCUACCACAAUUAUGCUCACAAUAACCAGGUAAAUACUUACUAAUUAAUAUUAUCUCUAAUAAUGUCUCACUCAAAUGGAUUGUAUAAAUUAAUUAUUAAAAUUUUGUUUUUCGUUUUACAGAAUUUGAUAAUUUUUUUAUUAUAAUUACAUACUUAUUAAAUAUAUUUAUUUAGAUAAGUUUGAUACAGUAACAUUUUUUAAUUUAGUAAUUUUUUGAAUUCAAAUGCUUGCCAAGGCUAUAUUUGAUUACUAUUUACUUACCCAAUAUAACUUAAGAAUACAAUAAAUCUAUCUCUUUAUUAUUUAAUAACAAUUUAUAUUUUUAUUUAUUACAAUACAAUUAUGUUGUUUUACCUAGGACUUUAAAAUAAUUGUAUAAUACCUAUAUUUUAUAAAGCUAAUCUUUUUGGGGAACACUUUGAGUACCACACCAAGUCAAAAUUAGCAACUUUCUUUUUACUCUUAUGUCUUUCCAAACAAAAUUGCUAAUGUGAUUCUAUGAUUAAAGCAUGAAAAAUUUGCAGAUCAUGACUUGAUAACCAACAAGAUGCUAAAACAUCUUCCUAAAAAAAACAAUUAUGAUGCCAACUUUUUUAUUUAAUUCUAUGUUAAGAUUUUCGUAUUUCCCUGUUAUCUGAAAAUUGUCCAUUAUUAUUCUCAUACUUAAACCCCCUCCCUAAUUUAGUGUUUUUUUAUAGACAUCCCUCAAACUUACCAAACCACCCUAGCUCUUACGCUGACGAUACAUCUAUCUUAUCCUCAAAUUGCCAUCUGAUUAAAACAUUCAUUGCCCUUCAGCACCACCUUGACCAUAUUAAGAAGUAGUCUUCAAACUGGAAAAUCAAAAUCAAUGCUGAAAAAUCUAUCCAUAUUCUUUUUACUUUCAACAAAAAAAUUAUUCUUACUCUCUUCCCCUGAGAAGUUCUUAUCUCCUGCUUGACUUAAAUGUCUAGGUAUUAUUUUAGACAAAAGACUAACCUGGGGUCCUCACCUCAAAUCUAAAAGAAGGUUAUUAAACACUUAAUCCUACUUAUUACGCCCUGUAUUAAAAUCCAAACUUCCUAUUCGUAACAUAAUACUUAUCUAUAAGUUAAUUAAAUAAAGACCAAUUUGGUAAUACGGUGCACAGAUAUGGGGUUGUGUCAAACCAACACAAUUAAAAACAAUCAAAACCUUUCAAUUGAUCUCCCUUUGUAUAAUCACGUUUUUCAAAGGGUUCUAAUCUCACUCUUCACAAUGACUUAAAUAUUGAAUCAGUUAAUUUAGUUAAAACACACUAUAAAAAAUUCCACUCCAAAUAACUCCAUUAUUUAAACCCUUUAAUCGCAAACCAGCACACCAUCCUAAUUUCUGGCAACCCUCCUCGCCAUUUUAAAAGACAUUAGUGUCAUGUUCUUUUAGAUUAAAUUUAACUGUAAAUACUCAAAUGUGCUGAAAAUUUCACAAGUAGCAUAGCGAAAAUUACUGCUACUCAAUAAUAAUUGAAUGUUGAAUAUUCUGUGAUAAACUUCCAAAUUCUAAUUUGAGCAACUUCAAACUAAUGGCUAGUUUUGUCAGUCCAAACUCCUUAUUUUCAGUAACACAAUUUUAAGUUUUUGAAAACUACACUUUUAGAGAUUGAGAACAUACAAUUUUGUUUUAGGUAGAACUGUUCUACAUUUAUUGAAUAAAUUUUAACUUAUAAAAGAAAAAGUAGAGCGCAAAAUUUUAACCUAACCAACGUCAGGGGAAUAAUAAUGAUAUACUAUACUCAAUUUAUUGUAAGUUGACCCACUCGUAUGACGAAAACACCGCUGACCAAUCAUCGAUCAUGGUAGCUCAGUAUAAAUACAUGGAAGUGGGUUAACUUAUGGUGAAUAGAGUAUAAUAAAUCACAAUAAAUAAAUAAGUUAUACAAAACUGGGUCAAUUACCUACUAUUACCUUAAUUAAUUUAAUAAUCAGUCAUUAAAUUUUUUUUUUUUGAUAUUCUCAAAUUAAAUUAUAGUUUUAUAUAAAUUAAUCAAUAAACUAAUUAUGCUUAUGUGCCCAAUUUUAAAGACUGGUGUUUGAGUGUGAUUUAUUAAAUAAUAAUAUUUUAUUUCUUGAGCUGUUAGAUCAAAUCAAUUUUUGAAUUCUGUCCUUUUAUUAUUAUUUAUUUUAGGUUUAAUACUGGUAAAGAUUCUUUUUUAAUUAGAACUUUGAUAAUUUUAGAUUUAAGUCAAAUAUAUUGUUAUACAAAUUAUUCUAAUAUGGAAUUAACUAGCUUUAUUUUCAACAUAAUCUUAUGAGUGUUUAAUUAUUUUUGUCUUAUUAAUUACUAUUAUUUUACUUGUUAUUUAAUUGUUUUUUCUUUCAAUUUUGUAUAAGCGAAGCUACACCACUUUCAGACAUUCUUACUAAAAUCCCUAGUCUCAUUAAAUUUAUGCAAAAAUGAAGUCCUUUAAGUUGAUUUUUAUAUAAAUUAAAUUAUACCAAUGUCGCCCAAUUAUUCUACCCAGUCAAUAUUGAACAUGAUCAUAUGUGAUUAUUUCGAGUUAUUCAGCAGAUCAUUGCAAAUAAUUUCCUAGUUUUCCACCCUAGUUGGGAGCGGGAAGCUGGUUUUUGAAUAUAAUCUCCAAUAGGUAUCUAUAUAUAUCUACUCUAAAUUGGAGACCAGUCAGGGAAUGAAGGGCCCGGGUCAUAAAUAAAACAAUAUUAAAGUGACUUAUGCAUUAAUAGUACUAAAAAACUUAGGAUAUAUUUUUUUUAGUUAAGUGAAGUUAAAUAAAUUGUGUCCAAUUAGUUUAUUAAAAUUAUGAUAUUAUUACUUUGCUUUUUUUUAGAUUUUGUCGUUUCUUUACCAGUAAAUCAGCAUCAAUUACAAAAAUACAUAGAAACAUUUAUCCUCAACAUUACUUAACCAAAAUUAUUCAGCCAGACGGUUCCAGCUUUACUGUUCGAUUUAAUGAACCUCGUGUGAUUAUUAAAGUAAAUAUUUAUACUUUAUAAUUUAAAAACAUAUAUAUGAUACUAAUGAAUAAGUUUUUCUUUAAAAUUAAUUUACAGUUACCUUUAGACAUUAAUUCCAUUUCUGAAGAAGAACGUAAACGGAGAAUUGAAGCAAGGAGACCAAAACAAAAAGUUAAGGUAGUAGAGGAAUUGGAGGAUUCAUUUGACAGGAAUAAAUAUCUGAAGUACUUUAAAAAGUAAUUUACUUUUCAAAUUACCAAUCACAAAAGAGUUAUGUAAUAAUGAUGUAGGAUGUUAAUAAAAUAAAUUACUGGAAUAAAAUAAAAUUUAAAAUUAGAAAUUUAUUUGACAGACACAUUGGACAGAUUACAUUUUAAGCAGGGAAAGUACAAAUAUAUAAUGCAGUCAUAAAAAAAAAAUGUUAAGGAAUAUAAAUGUAAUUUGUACUCUGGUACGCAUAUCUGACCAAUGGGCAAUGAUCGCAGACUUUUAAUUUAUAUUUAAAAAUUACAAUUAUUCCGACACUACAAUACAAACUACUUCAAAAUAAUUACUUAAGAUUAAAUUUAACAAUUAUGCUUAAUUUAUAGGACACUUGGGUCUUAUCGUUUAUCUUAUUUCUAAUAAAUUAUAAAUGCUUUGAAUUUUUAAUUGAAUAUUAUAAUAUUUUUUUUUUUAAAGAAAAUUAAAAAAAAAACAUAAUAUUAUAUAUUAAUGGAAUCAAUAUAGGCACGUUUCUUAUUAAAACAGAAUUUCACUCACUAUCUACUUCUAUAGGAUAAUACAAUUAUCUAGAAAAUAUUAAAAUAAUUUCACAAUCGUUUUUUAAAAAAAAUAUCCAUAUACAAAAUGUAAUAAAAAUAACAAACAUCUUAACCAAUUAUUUACCAAAUAUUGGUAAAUAUAAUCUUACUAUAAAUAAAAUACUUUCAACUAUCAUUAUUCCAGCAAAAAUAUUUAAUUACACAUAAAUAUUUUGUUGUAUUUUAACAAGCCCAAUACAACUUAUUAAUUAAUUGUUAUAUAAAUUAUAAAGAGACAUAUUAUAUAAAAUAAUUGAACACACCCAUAUUAUUAAUGGAUCAUAACAAAAUAAAAAAUUCAGAGUCAAAACCGUCAAUUAUAUUAAUUACCAAUAGUUAUCAUAAUAAUAAUAGUGAGGUAAAUUGGUAUUGUUACUAUAUUCCUUAAUUAGGGCCUGGGUAAAAAAAAUAAUUAAAUUCACAAUACAAAUCAAUAAGGUACAAUACAAUUUUUUUAAUUGACUGUUGUUUUAUUUCAAGGUUUCAAUAAUAUAUAUAAAAUAGGAAUAAUAUUUGUCAAAGAAAGUAUGUAUAUCAAAAGCUUAAUUAUUUUAUUCAAAUUAUUUGCUAUAAAAUAAUUAAUGUGAUUUAUAUACUUUCUUCAAAAGCUACCCAAAUAAAAUGGCGGAGUUUGUAUGGUAAUGUGUAUAAUUGACUAUUGGAACUAAUUUAUAUUAAGAUUUAAACACUUCUUAAAUUUUAUCAGUACAUGUAUAUUAUGACGAUUUAAUUUAUACUGUACGUAUACCAUUUUGUAUACAUAUAGUGUAAAUAAAUCAAUAAAUUAAAUUAAAUAAUAUAAAUAAUUUUAAUUACAAUAUUAUAAAUAAUUGUAUUUAUAAUAUUAUAUUAUAUUAUUCAUAUCUAGUCUAUAAUAGUAAUUGGUAAAUCAUUUUAUUUUAUUGACAAUUCAGGCUCUAAAAUUAUCAUAUUAUUAUUAUAAGGUAAAAUUUGAAGUCUUUGGGUAUCAUCACAACUAACUAUAAUAUACAUAUACCAAUAUUGCCAUUAAUUAAAGCCUGCAGUUAUUUUUAUAAAAUAUUUUACACUCAUAUUAAUAGUUUCUUAAUAUUGAAACAGGCCUGCUGAUAAAUUUACGCUUUGGGUUAGGUACACUUGAUGUAAUAUUUUUAGACAAUACGUAACUACCCUUAAACAUAGGUUGUUGAUACGGCCGUUUAUUAUUAAUUAUAGUCUUAUUUGGUGGCUGGACCACAUAUGUUGUAGCCGAAUCUUGAACAGAAAUUAGAUCAUCAAAAUUAGUCUUGUACUCUGAUGCUUUAAUGCCAAAGCUGUCGUCAUUUGAACUUUCUUCAAUUUCUUCUUCUUCAUCGAUCUAAAAUAU